AAAGGAUACCAUCCAGAGCUCAGGCUCGUAACAGUGAAAAGACCCAAAAAAAGCCACCAAAAAAUUGGAACAAGCGAUUUAUUUAAUAAAAAUUGUUCACUUGCGAUUAAUUCAUAUAUUAAUAAAAUACUGUCUUAAUACAUAUUUUAUAAAUUAAAGAAGAUAUUAUGUAUUUUGUUCAGAUGAUUAUUGCCUAGGAACAUUUUCUGGGUUUAGUGAAGUAGUCCUGUGGAUGUUUUUAGGAACAGUUUGAAAAAGCGUUUGAAUUCAAAUUGUUCGAAGUAUCGUUAAAACCGUCAGUGACUGCUACGCAUCUGUCAUUAAUAAUAAAAGAAAUUAAUUACUUUUUAGUUGAAGAUAAUGUUCUUUCAAAUUAAUGUUACACCAAAAAGUAAAAAGGAUACAAAGUCUUUUGACAGGAGCACUAAUGACUUACAUUUUACUCUAGUAUUGGGACCAUUUCAACCUCAAACGAGGAUAACAAUGGAAACUUUUGUAAACACAACUGUACAAUGUUAUUUGACUAUAAAAAAUAUAAGUAAUAAAGCCUUAACUAUAACAGUUACAAAGAAGCCUGAUGAAGAUCGGUACAUAGACUUAGAUAUAUCUCACGCAACAGUCCAAAGUAAUAGCAAUACUGUAAUAUCUAUCAAAUGGUCUCCUAAGAAAGUUGGUUGUUGGCGAGAUGUAUUACAAUUUACAGAUAGUCGGAGAAUUAAAUAUGAUGUAGCAAUUAUAACUACUGCUAAAAAUUCUACAACAAAAUGUAAUAAACAACAGCCUUUGAUACCUCUAUCAUCAAGACAAUUAACAAAUAGAAGUAGAAAAACAUAUGAAGAAAAUAGUGUAUUCAGAAAUAAGACUACAUACCAAGAAAGCUUUUCAAGCUUUGAUAAGCAAAUACAAAAGGACGUAUCAAAAUUGCAAAAUAUUCAAGAUGAAGAGAAUAUUGCAAAUAUGUGUAUGAAUUUUAAACAUACAACAGAAUCUUUUAAAAAAGAAUGUGAUAAUGUUUUUCCAAAGAAGAAAUCUGAUGAGUUUUUAAAAUUUAUUGAUUCUAGUGCUUUUAAUUUAACUGUUGUAAAUACAGAUCAAAAACUUUCUAAUAACAAAAAAGAGUUCGUAAAUCAGAUGCAAAGCAUUCCUUCCACUAUUUUAGAAGAUAUAGAAAUACGUAGAGAAACAUAUGUGAAGGAAACUGUACAUUCCAAAAAUAUUUCUAUUACAGAUAGAAAAGAGAUAUAUGAAGAUUCACUAUCCCCACAAGUUCUAAAUAAUUCAUCAGAAUUUUCAAUCUUGAUGAAUAAUCUUGCCUUAGAACCUACUAAUGUAUUAGAAACUUUAUCAAAUCAGCGCAGAACCUCAACAAAGGAUACAUCCGUUUGUAAUAAUUAUACAGAUAAUUAUGUAGAAACAAUGUCUGUACAAACUGACGGAAAUGGAACAUAUAAUCUAAGUCCCAUGCUAUCAAUUAAUAGCAUAUCAAAUCAAAAUCUAAAUAAUAUGUCAAAUAGAUCAUUAGAUUUAUCUAUUGGAACACAAAAUCUAGAAUUAUGGCAAGCAAAACAAUUAUCUGAAAAUUUUAAUAGUUUGUCGCCAAUUAAAUCUUUGAGAAAUGAAUGGGCUAAUACUCCCUGUACAGGAGUCUUACCUUCAUCUUCGCCAAUUCCAAGUACUUCAAAUUUUAAUACAAAGCAAUAUUCUACAAAAUAUAAAGAUCAAGCGACUGUAAAAGAUGUCUUAGAAGCAGACCUAUGGGUCAAAGGUAAUAAUAACCAUAAAACAAAGAUGCAAAUACGUAGAAAUAUUGAUUUUGGAACAACCGUUCAGGAAAGAUUUAUAAAUACAUCGGAAAAUGUAACAUUAAACAAAACACAAACCUUUGAUACAGAAAAAUCAUCAGGAAUUUGUAUAGAAAUAUCACCUCCUAAACGAUAUUUUCAUGCUAAGACAUUAUCACGUAAGAUAUCACCAAAGAAAUAUGGACAACAUGGAAAGGAAAAAUUUAUGCAUAAGAGAAUUAUUAAAAAAAAAGUUUACUCAAAUACUCCCGCUAAGAAAAAUGUAAAUGUAUCAAUACCAGGAGUUAGAAUCAGUAAACUAUCAUUGGCAAAUGUGAUAAAGAAAAAAAAUCUUGAUAUAGCGUCGAAUCAAUCUGAAGAGAAUAAUUUUAAACUUCAAGAUACAGAUAAUUUAUUUACUAAAUUUUGUAAUCCUGAUCCAUUUGCAGCAUGUGUUACAGAGGAUCCAUUUCUUAGUAGUACAAUGUAUUAUGAUGAAAAAUGGGUGUACAAUCAAGAGAUUACAUUUAAAAAAUGGUUAAAUGCAUUAUUAUCUCCACCUGAGGACUUGAAUGCCGACGUGGAAACAAGUUGUGUUGACAUUGGCAAAGUAUGGCAAUCAUGUAAACUGCUGGAAAAUUCGAUUUUAGCUGAAACUAAAGAAGCUCUUUCAGCAAGAUAUCAUACUGAUUUACGUUUGAAUGCAUUACGAAAAGCUGCAAAUGCUAUGUAUCGCAAAAAAGAAAUAAUUCAUGUGUUAUCGCGUACAACCGUUUGUAUAGAAAAGGGAAUAUUGACUAUAAGAUUGGAUCGUGACUUGCAUAGAGAUAUUGGGUUACAAAAAGAAAUGCUGGAAUUAUUUUUAAGUUAUAAUCCAUUAUGGCUAAGAAUUGGAUUAGAAACCAUCUACGGUGAAAAUAUACCAUUACAUUCUAACAACGAUUUGGUUGGUCUUACGAGAUUUAUUCUCACAAGAUUCUUUACUGAUCCUUUUUUGAAAAAAAAUUAUCCAAAUGCUUAUCAUAGAAAACAGCAACAAACGGCAUUCAUAACUCAAAUGAAUAAAUUUAUGUUAAAGAAGUUUCUUUUUCUAGUUUACUUCUUAGAUUAUUCUAAGAUUAACAAACUUAUUCGCCACGAUCCAUGCUUAUUUCAUAAAAAGGCAAAUAUUAAAGAUAGCAGAGCCAUCCUGUUAGCUUUUUCUCGAGAAGUCUUAAGCGGUAUUGGUGAUCUUACUAAGGUUUUGAGAUCAUAUGAAUAUGUUGUCUCAUAUAAGCAAACGUAUUUAGAUGAGUUUGAUUAUGCUGUAACAAGUAUUCAAAAUGAUUUACGAGAUGGUGUCAGACUCUGUCGAGUUAUGGAAUUAAUCAGUGGACGAUCGGACUUAACACGCCAGUGUAGAAUGCCAACGAUUUCACGUUUACAAAAGAUACACAAUGUUGAUAUUGCUUUGAAAGCACUUUUGCAAUGUAGCUAUGCUUUAACUGGUAACAUUGAUGCAAGAAGUAUUGCUGAUGGACAUAAGGAGAAAACAUUAUCGUUAUUAUGGCAAAUUAUAUACAAAUAUCAAGCACCAAGAUUCGAAAAAGCUGCACGAUGUAUACAAAACUGGUGGCGUGCUGUACUAUGGUAUGUUCGUAUAAGGAAUUAUACACGAACAUAUAAAAAUAAUGCAGCCUGUAUUAUACAGCGAGCAUGGAGAAGAGCAUUGAUCAGAAGAAAACUAAUCUUUUUAAGAGAUGAAUAUAUAAGAGAAUUACAAAAAAAAGAAAAGUCUGUUAGAUUCUUACAGAACAUAUGGAGACAUUCAAUACGUGGAAUUCGCGAUCGUAAAAGAUUUUUACACAUUAGGUCGGCUACAAUAAAAUUGCAAAGAUGGUGGAAACGAAUACACGAGUGUAAACUAGAUGUUCAAGAUUUUCACAAUAAACGGUAUGCUUCGAUCGUUAUACAGAGACAGUGGCGAGCGUUAAAAGAAAUGAGAGUACAGAGAGUGACUUAUAUUAACAUGAGAAUUGCAUGUAUUGUGAUUCAAACAUAUUGGCGAGCAACUCUUUUAAUGAAAUUUGACCGUAUGAAUUAUAUAAAAUACAAAAAUACUGUUGUUUUCAUUCAGAAUAGAUGGAAAUUUAAAAAAAUGUAUGAUAAAAUGAAGAAAGAACAAUGUAAAGAAUUAAAGGCUAUUCGUACAAUAGAAAUAUGGUGGAAAAGUAUUUUAAUUAUGAGACAUGAAAGAAAUAAUUUCGUGAUUAUGAAAGACGCUGUCAGUACAAUUGAGAGAUGGUGGAUAGUUGUUCUACAACAAAAAAAAUAUCAAACUCUAUGCAGAUCAACUGUUAUUAUUCAAAAGUAUUGGAGGAAAACAUUAGCGAGAAAUGAAUAUUUAAAAAAAAAGAUAGCUGUUGUGAAAAUAGAAGCAUGGUAUAAGUGUAUUACGGUAGAAAGAGUUUUUCAUAGAAAUAUUUUAAAAAUGAAAAAUGCUGCAAUAUGUAUACAACAUUGGUGGAAAAAUAUUAAUAUUACUCAAAAGCAACGAAAUAAUUAUUUAGAACUUCGCAAAGCAACAAUGUCAUUGCAAAAAUGGUGGCGUGCGAUAAUUCUUUCCCGAUCAAUUAGACAACAAUAUCUAUCUAAAAAAAGAGCGUGUAUAGUAAUUCAGGCUUGGUGGAGAAUGAUCAAAACUAAACAACAAUACAAGUAUUUAUUACAUAAACGGAACGUAGCAGCCAUUGUAUUACAAAGAAAAUGGCGUUCUAUAUUGAUAAUGAGACAAGAACAAAGAGAAUAUAAAAAAUUGAAAUUAUGUAUAAUAAAAGUACAAAAACGUUGGCGGGCUUUGCAAAAGGCUAAAAAAGAACAUUAUAGAUUCCGUGUUCUGAAAUCUGCUACUAUUUAUAUCCAACUUUUAUAUAGAGCUAAUAAAAUUAGUUGUCAUAUUAGACAAUGGUAUAUCCGUUUGCGACAAAGUACAAUCGUUAUACAAUCAUAUUGGAGAAUGAAAGUAGCACGCAAAAGAUUCAUUACCGAAAAACAAGCAGUUUUAACAAUACAAGCUCAUUGGCGAGCGUAUGUUAUAGGCAAAAAAGUUCAUUCAGAUUAUGAACUAUUGAAAUUUGUAACAAUUAAAAUACAGCGUCGUUAUAGAUCAGAUAAAAUUAGCAGAAAAUUUGCUCAGGAAUAUGAUGCUUUAAAAAAAGCUACUAUAUGGCUGCAAGUUAAGUGGCGGGCUAAAUUAACAGCAAGAGCACAAAGAAACGAAUUAAAAAUGUAUCACUCUGCUGCUAAAACAAUUCAAAACUGGUGGUGGCAAAUGUUAUUUGUAAAAAGCUGUAAAUUUAUUGAUUUUAAAGAUAAAAACGAAGGACAAAAUCUUUUACAAUUUACUGUGCGACAAAUGUACCGUAAUAUAAUAAUUUCAGUUAUAAAAAUUCAAAGAUGGUGGAGAAAUAUACGUGAAAAACGUUUAUAUUAUGAAAAACGAAUUCGUGCAGUUAGUAUAAUUGAAAAAUGGUGGAUUAUUAUCUUAAGAACUAAAAAGGAAACAUUAGCAGCUACAAUUAUACAGGCUGCAUGGAAAGGGUAUCGAAUACGGCAAAAAGAAUCCGUCCAUAUGUCAGAAGUACGGCAAAGAUUAAAAACAGCCACAAUAACAGCGUCACCACAUGCAACAUUAGCACAUCGUUAUCAACAAUCAAUUGAUGUACUUAAAAAAUUCAACAAGAUUGGUCAGCUCUCAAUGUGUCUUGCUUCAUUAGGUCUGAUAACUAGAUUAUCACCAAAGGAGUGCAUUACUUUAUGUGAGUAUAACUUGGUUGACAAUAUUUAUGAAACAUAUAUUAGAAGUAAUAGAUCAUUACCUUGGGCAAUAGUCUGUUUAAGAGCAACAGAUAUACUUAUUACACUUGCUAAGUUUCCACCAACAAGGAGUUAUGUCUGUAUGCCAAGACAUGCAUUACCAACAGUAAAACUAUUACAUGAUAAAUUGGAUCAUGAAGAAUUAUCUUUACAUGUAGCAACACUAAUGUGGUUACUCAUAAAUGAGGAAGAAUAUAAGAAGGCACUUACAACAUGUUCACAGUCUAUCUGGUUAUUAAAUUCUAUAUAUAAAAAGAUUAUUAAAGGAAAAGACAAGCUCACACAUUAUUCAGAAAUGUUAAGAAAGCAAACUAACUUACUUCCAAGUUGUAAACCUGAUUGGUCACUUUUCCAUAAACAACUUCGUAUAUUUACAACUAUUGAGAAUGCUAUAACAGCAAUACUUGAACAACUGGACAUAAAAGAAUAUUUAUCUUGAAACAGAAUACAUAUAAAUAAAAAUACAAAUAUGUGCUAGAUUACCAAUAAGUGAAACUUUCAUUUCUCAUGAACUGUCAUAUCUCUCCUAUGUUGAUAAUUUGUUAAUGUAAAAUAAGACUUUAUUUUAUAGUUUUUAGCAAAAUGUAAGAUUUUAAGUGUAAAUUUAAUAUUAGAUAAACUUGAUGAAAUUACUCUAUUAAUCUUAUAUGUUAAUGGUCACAUAAAUGUAGAAAUACCAUUUGUUGUUUUUAAAUAGAUUUUUAGAAACAAAGAUCAAUUUGUAAAUUAUUUAUAUCUGUGAAAGAUUAUCUGCAGAAAUUCUAUAUAUAUAUAUCGAAAUUAUGUUUUAUUGGAAAUAAAAAUGUAAAUAAAUAUUGAUAUAAACAUGUGUAAGUGUAGUUCAUUGAGGAGAAAUAAAUGUCAAAAUUGUCAAAAUUUUUAAAGUAA